ACCGACAGCCCAAACGAGACGACGAGAAGUUGAAUUUUCAGUUCGUUUUAACAAUUCCUGUCGGCUCGUACCGUUGAAAUCCGCGCUCCCGUUCAGGAGGAGCUCUCGCCGCGCGAAGUGUGUGAAGGAAGUACCUGGUGGUGGUCCUUUGUUGGACGGAAAAGAGUGCUCCACCGUGGAUAACUGGAUACCUAGAGAAUCUAAACCGUUCUGGAAAGGAUCCAGACUCGUCAGUGAUUUUCCUAAGUAUUGAUCCAACAUCGGUGUCCGGUGAAGACUUGACGAUGGCAAAUCGGUUUACCUCCAACGUUACGGCCACCUUUGCCGUUUGUCGGAAUACUACCGCAGAGUGAGAAGCAGUGAAGGAAGAACGUCGUGAAGUGUAUAUUGAGCGCGUCGGCGGAAACUUUGAAGGAUAUUCGCAGCUUCGGGUAUUGCUGAUUGAUUGAUUUUUUCCCUUCUGAAUUAAUCCGGUUGUGUUUCAUUUUCCUGUGUGUCCUUAUGUGUUACCUAAUUUGCCAUAUGAGUUUAUUGUUUACCGUCCUUAAAAAUGGAAAGACCGAGAGGUUCUAGGUUUUACACGAAAAGGUCGGAGCAUUACAAUAAUCUGCAGAAGCAAGAGGAGGAGAAGCUCAACAACAACAACAACAACAACCACAGCCAUCCGGCGCUGCACGCGAGUCCUCAGCAGCAGCAACAUCAGCAGCAUCACCAUCCGGGCCACAGUCCCCAUCUGCAGCGACCUUUGAAGGAGUCCUCGAACACCAACAUCCAGCAACAGCAACAACAGCAAAAGCAAUCUUCGGUGGUGAAGAUCGAACUGUUGCGCAGUCCCGCCCAGCCGGAAGCCCAGCAAGGCGGCGCUCGACUCAUCAAAACCGGCGCCCAAUCACCGGCCGCUGCCUCGACUGCCCCCGCGGCCCUCUCGCCGCACGGCGGAAGCCCCUCGACCGUCUCCCACCUGCGGUCAAUCCGACCCUUCCCGACUGCUGUAAGUUCGGCCAACGCCACAGCGACCACCACAACCACUGCCAGCGCCGGAACGACCGGGGAACGGCCGCUCAAGUGCCUGGAAACGCUCGCCGAGAAGGCCGGCAUCACCUUUGACGAAAAGUACGACGCGACCACCACGCUGGAGAAGUCACAGAGCCCCGCCGGGCAGCAGCAGGUGGCCCAGCAAACGGCGGUGCCCCUGCAGCUGUCCCAGGAGCAGCUCCAGCAGUUCCAACAGUUUCAACAGUUCCAGCAAGCGUUCACCGCUGGAACGGCGACCAUCCAGGUCAAGCAGGAGUACAACCCACCCCAACCCCAGCAAUCCAAUGCCACCGGUGGAAUGGACCAGCAGCAGCAGCAGCAGCAACAGGCGGCCCAACAACAGGUCGCCCAGCAGCAGCAGCAACAACAGCAAGCCAUGCAAGCCGCGGGUCAGCUGUCCGCAGCCGAUUGGCAGCACGGGCGCGUCCAAGUGCUCCAGCAACCGAUCCAGAACCAAUACCUGCAACAGCUGUACGGCUCGCAGCAACUCCUGGUACAUCCGGGGAUUGGGGGUCAGCAGCAGAUUCAACUGAUUACGUCGAAGCCCUUCCAGGGUACGCCGCAGAUGUUGGCGACCACACCCGGCAAGCAGGUCAUCGGAACGGGGACGGGGAACUUUAGCGGGGCGUACGCGCUGCCGACGAUUCCGUCGAGUCAGUCGCAGGCGCUGCUGUUUAGUCCGGACGUCCAAAAGCAGCUCACGCUUGCCGCGUCCGCUGCCGCCGCCAGCCAGGCCGGCCAAAAGGUGCAAAUCCAAAAGAUCGGCACCAGCAUAUCGGCCGCCGGCCAGCAGCAGAGCGUCACCACGCUAACGCAGCAGCAAGCUGCCGCAGCCGCCGCCUCCGGCCAACAGUGCGUCCAGGUUUCGCAAGCGACGAUGCCAACGGCGCAGCUGUUGAGUCCGCUGCAGCAGCAGGGCGCCCAGCAGAUGCAGUUCACCUCGCCGUGGAUCCCCCAGAUGGGUCAGUUUUGGACCGCGAAUGGACUGCAGCUGGCGUCGAAUCCGAUCAUCUUCCGGAACACUGGGCCAGACGGAAGCUCGAACAUGUUCAUCCAGCAAAGCCCGCAGCAGGCGAUUCAGCAGGCUCACAAUCAAACUCUAACGCUGCCCUGCAUUACGCAGCAACCCCAGCAAACUGCGCAGCAGCAAGCCCAACAACAGGCUCAGCAACAGCAGCAGCAGGCUCAACAGAACCAGCAAAACCAGCAGAACCAAGUCAACCAGCAACAGCAACAAGCUCAACAGCAAGCUAACGUAACUGCCCAGCAAACGACGGCCACCGCCCAGCAGCCCCAGUUGGCCGCCCAGACGACACUUCAGCAAAAGACUGUCGGCAGCCACCUGGCGCCGAAGCAAACCCAGCGACCGCAGCUGCUGCCCCAGGGCUCGUCCCCGAACAUCCGUCCGUCGGCGUCGACGCAAACCAUGCAAGCCCAGCAGAAUCUGCUCGCCAAGGGCAGCAAAAUUCGCACCAAACAGCAACCGGUGCGACCGUCCGGCCCAGUUCAGAUCAAGGCGGAUCUUGCGAACGCCCAGGUCAAGCUCGGUCAAAAUCAACAACAGCAGCAGCAACCGCAAAUGCAGCAGGUUGUGACGACCGGGGGAAAAAUGGUCCUGAUGAACACCGGAGGUCAGAUAACGUCCCCAUCGGUGCUGAACAUUCAGCCAAUGCUGACCACCGACAAGCAACAGCAGUUGCAGUUGCAGCAGCAAAUCAAGAGCGCCCAGCAGCAGCAGGCGCAUCAGCAGCAACAGCACCAACAGGUUCUGCUCCAACAGCAGGCCGCCCUCCAACAACUCCACCAACAGCACGCUCUACAGCAGCAACAACAGAAUCAGCAGGGCGCCCAAGCCCAACAGCAGAUCCAACAACUGCAGCAACAAUUCAUCCAGCAAAACCAACAAAACCAACAACCCGGUCAACUGGUGGGUCAAACCAACCAAACCACGGGUCAACUGAUCCAAACCGCUGCGGCAGCAGCCGCCGCCGGUGGCCAAACCCAGGGCAACAUCCUGCAGCAGUUUGUGUUCCAGCAGCAACCUGGCCAGGGCAAUCAACCGGGUGGGAUCUCGAUGAUCAACGUCACUUCGACGGAAUCGAUGCUGCAGCACCAUCAGCAACAGCAGCAGCAACAACAACAGGGCCAGCAGCAGACGCAAGCUGGCCAAACUAUUGGCCAAAAGGGAACAACCCAGAUGAUCAUCACUAACCAGUUGACGCAACAACAACAACAGCAACAGCAGCAAGGUGGCGAACGCAACGUCAGCGUUGCGCACUCGCAAACGUUGCAAAUUGAACGUACGAUUCUGCCGGUCGUUUCCAUCGCCGGAAUGUCCGCCGCCCCAAUUGUAGUCUCCAGCAACGGAACGACCAUUUCCCCAAUCCAUCAACAGCAAGCCCAGCUUCAUCAAGCUCAAAGUGGUCAACUCCCCACCGGCAACCAACAGCAACAGCAGCAACACCCCUCGCAAAUCCUCGUAUCCACCAUCCCAACCUCCAUGCAGCAGCAAGUCAACGCCCAGAACCCAAUCGUAGCGAUGACCUCCCUCUCGGCCGCUCCACUCUCCGCUGCCACCGCCAUGAUGAUCAACACCUCAACCCCCGUCUCCUCCUCGGCAACCUCCGCCGCCACCACAACCUCCAUCAACCAAACCCCCGUCGUCUCGGCCUCCAUCACCACGACCACCUCCAAGGAAAGUGCCGACAUGAAGGCCGCCAGCGUAGCGAUGCUCCAACUCCAACAUCUCUCCACCCCCCAAAAGCAAAUCCAGCACCAGCAAAUGCUGGAGAGUAUGAACGCGGCGAACGCCGCGGCAGCCGCUGCUGCCGCCGGUUCCCCCACGAUGAACUCGAUGCAGCAGCAGAAGGCGACUCCGACUACGCCGACCCACUCGGCGGCGCCGGCUUCGACGAUGGGAGGGAUGGCGGGAACGCCGACGACGACGAUGGCGGCGAGCUCGGCCGUUGAGCAGCAGCAGCAGCAGCAGAUGAACAGCAGCAGGUCGUCGCUUGGGCAUAGUGCAGGGACGCCGACGAAGUCGAUCGUGGCGGACACGACGGCCAAGGAUAAGCAGCAGCAGCAGCAGGUGCAGCAGGAUGCGGCUACCGGGAAAGGUAGGUACUCAGUACCAGCAUCAGCCGCGCCGGACAGCGCAUCGGACGCGCAACAGCAGCAGCAACUGAACGGCGGCCCAACGCCGAUGGACACAUCGUCACCGGCGUCCGCAACAGCAGCAGCAGCCGCCGCAGCCACCCUGGCCGGUCUGGCCUCCGCGAUCCCUGCCUCCCUGGCGCCAACCACGUCCAUCCCGGCACCAACACCAACAUCUGCCCCGUCAACAACCGGUCCACCAGCUGCCGUCGCGGACGAGUCGGCAGGUGGUGCCGCCGUAGUCAGCACGACCACAUCGACGGCCAACAGCAGCACAACGACACCGGCACUGCCAACGAUCGCGAGCAGUGCGAGCACGAACGCGACGACGACCACGACGCCACCGACGUCGGCCAAUGGAACAAUGACCAGCGCGAGCGUUGUGGCGGCUUCCUCACCUGCGCCAACGACGGUCACCAGCAACAAUAGCUUGCCGCCGGCGAGUAAGGCCGGGCUGCCGACGGCCGAUAAGGGAGGACUGCCGAAGGCGAUGAUUAAGCCGAACGUGCUGACGCACGUGAUCGAUGGAUUUGUGAUACAGGAGGCGCCGGAUCCGUUUCCGGUGCAGCGGCAGAGGUAUCCCGAGCGGGAUAGUGGAGAUGAACCGCCGAAAAAACGCAACACCACCGAGUCCAACUCGCCCAUCUCGCCGAGCCACCACCACAACCAGCAGUCCGGCAACCUUCAACCGCCGCAAAACCCAUCCAGCGGCGGCCCCGACAUGGGCAACUGCGAGAUCUGCGGCAAGCCGGAACUGCGCGCCAAAAUGAAGCGAAAGCGCUUCUGCAGCGUCGACUGCGCCCGGGCGGCCAAGCAAAACUCCACCGACCAGGUCUCGUCACCGGCGCACAACGGAACGGCCUCCGCCACGGCGGCUGGAAACGGAGAAUCGGUCACGACGACGUCGUCGUCCACGGCGGUUAAUCCGGUGGCGCCGUCCAACAUUAAGUUGGAGCGGAUGGAAUCGAUGGACACGACGCCUUCGGCGCCGCCACAGUUUGCGGCGGUGACGCCCGCGAUGGACGCGGGUUCGGCUACGGUUACGGCAACGCCGCAGGCUGCGGCGGCGGCGGAGGACACUCCGGUCAUCAUGAAGUGGACCGUGCACGAGGUGUGCGACUUUAUCAAGAAUCUGCCCGGCUGCAGCGACUACGCGGAGGACUUUUUGAUUCAGGAGAUUGAUGGGCAAGCGUUGUUGCUGCUCAAGGAGAAUCACCUGGUGAACGCGAUGGGCAUGAAGCUCGGACCGGCGCUCAAGAUUGUGGCCAAGGUGCAAGGCCUGGUGGCGAGCACGGCGCCCGAGGGACAACAGAUGCAGUAGACUGUGUACUAUAAUUUAAUCGCUAUUAUUAGUUUAGUUUUGUUCGUUUUCCCCCUUUUUUGUACAUCAAUCUUUCUGUACAUAGGAAAAAAAAACCCUUUGUUGAUUAGGAUUUAGCAUUAUUAUUUGCUUUUUAGAAAACUCUAGACGUUAGUUGCACAUAAUAGACUUGUAGAGCGCACUCGGAAUUAGACUUAAGUUACAGAGAUGACUAUUAGACUUUAAUUUAUUUUUACCGCAUAAUGUAGCGAAAUGUCCUUAUUCAAAUCUCAAAUCUGCAGCAAAAUAAAAGUGAAAUCAUUUUCUAAUUGUGUAAAUAUCAACCAUUUUUCCAAGUAGUCUUACGAAAAACCCUUGAAGCUUAACAUUGUAGAAUUUAAAAGUUUUAUAAAGCAAACAAACAAACGAAACAUUGAAACGCACUGAAAAUCUGCUAAGAAGCAACAACGAGAAUAAGAAAUAGAAGAAAACUUGCCAAAUUUUUGUAAUGGUAGUUGGUUGCUUCGUCGCGAAAGAAAACGGAAACAAAAAAUCUAAAAAACAAACUCUUCUAAAAGAUAGCAUAUGAUAUACUUGUAUUGAUUAAAAGCUAAGCAGUGAAAAUGAUGUCACUAUUUGAAUGUAAUUCAUUAUUGCAAACAUUUCAAAAAUAAAGAAAAUAUGAUGUAAUUUAAAAUA